AUGCUUGCUAUCAGACCGCGUUUUACCCUGUCUCGACUGGGAAUCUGCACUCGACACACAUUAAGACACCACUCCCGCUUUAGCAAACUGGCCAAGCGAAAACGCAAGGCCGAGUGGAAACGGAGGCAAUCGGGGAACUUUCUAGACCAUGUCAUAAUCCAAGCGCGAGGAGGUACCCCUAACCCGGGGAACUUUCUAGACCAUGUCAUAAUCCAAGCGCGAGGAGGUAAAGGCGGAGAUGGCUGCGUAGCCUUUCAUCGCGAAAAGUUCAAACCGUUUGGUCCUCCGUCGGUGGAAUGGCGCGCGAGGCGGAGACGUGUACAUUCUUCCCACACCAAACCUUACUUCCCUUGCGAGCGUGACGAGGAGGGCACGAGCGGGCGCGGGAUCCCACGGGCAAGGAGAGUGGAAACACGGGCGCAGGGGGGAAGAUUUAAUCAUUCGUGUUCCGCUCGGCACGGUCGUUCGCGAACUCACGGACAGCCGAAAGCCAAAGAUCCAUGGGAGUCAGAAGAAGAGAGUCUACAGGGUUUGGAUGAGGAAGAAGCAGAACUCAAACGACUUGAUAGGCGAUGGGUCCCACUACCUAUGCACGAAGAGUCCAAUAUCGACAGAGAGGACUUUAAAGCUGCCCAAAAGGCCAUUGAGAGAGAAGAACGUGCGCAAAGACGUGAAUAUCUUGCGAAUGUCCGAGAACCUAUGCACCUCGACCUUACCCAUCCAAUGGCAUCUUCCUUGGCCGCAUCGCAGCCGUGCUACGACCGCCACAUCGAUCCUGAAAAGGGCUAUCUGGUCGCAUCGGGCGGUGCAGGGGUACGGCAACCCAUACUUUCUCUCCUCGACCAACCGGUCUCCAAAGUAUGCUACGCGUGGAAACGAAGGCGAACGAGUGGCGCUAGAACUCGUGGAUCGCGAAGUACCGAGCCAGUACUGGAUACAUCUGAGUCCUCUCACCACCUCUCGUCGUCCUCGUCGACACACAAGAUCAAAUCGCUCAACGGUCUACAUACGGAACAGACCCGAUUCACAAUCGCAGACAACCCGGGCCUCAUCGAGCGCGCAUCCGAAAACGUCGGCCUCGGCCACUCGUUUUUGAAAUCCAUCGAGCGAUCGCUUGUCCUCGUAUAUGUGCUUGACUUUUCAGCCCCGGAGCCAUGGACCGAUUUACGAGUCCUGCACGACGAGCUCGAGAUGUACCAACCUGGGCUACCGAGCCGCGCACGGCUCGUGAUCGCGAACAAGGCUGAUCUUUUACCAAGCGCGACAGAUGCCGAGGUUCAUGCCGCUUGGAACAAGUUGCGAAGACUUCAGGACGAGGUGGAUGCGCUCGCGUGGGACGAUGGUGGGCAAACGGGCCCGAUCGAGGUCUUGGCGAUUUCGGGCAAGUUUAAGCAGAAUUUGUCUAGGGUUGUGCAAAGAUGGUGGAUCAUGUUCGGCUUGCUCGUGUACGUUUGGAGAAUGAACAAAAGCGAGAAAUGGACGAGAUUGAUUGGUAGCGUUUAUGCAUGUAAUUGUAUCUAUUAUCUAUGCUACGACCGUCUUGGACACGCUUGCUCCCUUCCACGAGAGAAUGCGUUCCAUGGGAUACUGACAGCGUUGACGGCCAGCAGCCGGUGA